AUGACUUAUGCCAAGUUGAUGAGAGCUAGAUUCUUUAAAUUAAGAAGGGCUUCAGAUCUUGGAGGCCUAGCCGCCAUAGCAACUUCAUAUCUUGGAGGUUUAGCCAUUACAACUACAAAUCUUGGAGGUCUAGUCGCCACAACUUCAAAUCUUGGAUGCCUAAGAGCUGGUUACAGUUUUGGCAGCAAGGGAGAAACAACCACAAUAGGGAGAGCCUUGGGAUCCUAUAAUAAUGCGAGAUUUUUCAGAGUUUUGGCAUCCUUCAUUGGCUUUGGGAUGCUCUAUGAUCUAAAAUUUCGGGCCAAAACUAACAUCAAAUGGAUAAGGAUUAACACUUUAACAAACACCAAAAUAAGCAUAAAUGCACUAUAA